AUGCCUUCCGUUAAGAAAGAAAAGGGAACGAAGGAUAGCAAAAAGGGAGAUUCGGCAAAAGAAGAGCCAGAAAUUUGCCUAUUCCAGAUUCCCGCUUUCAAACCCAAGGCAUUCAAGUCGAAGGAUGAACUUGGUGACAUAAAAAAAGACAAACCUAUGGAUAUAAAACUAUUUAAGGAUGGUGUUCACUUUUAUCCACAGGGCAAGAAGAAAGUGAAGCACACGAUCCCAUAUGAUAAGUUGAAAGAUGUUGAAUUUGUUGAAGGGUCUCCAGAACUGGUGCGCUUAAUAGUGAAUUCCAAAGGCAAAAAAACCUGCUACCAAGUAAUGGUUACCGAUAAUGUAAAUCGAGAGAGGUUGUGUGGAUUUUUACGAGAAAAAAGAGGAAAGGAGCACCAAUCGCCUUCAACAGAGCAAAGUGAGCAAACUGCAGAGGAGCCAAGUCAGUUUGAGCAUAAACCGUCAUCUCCUAAGAAUGGGAGCUUUGCAGCUUCCAACUUUUCCAAAAAUAUGUCUUCUGAAAUGAGUUACAAUGGCAACAGCAACGUGCAUGACGAUCCUUCCAAUAAGUACAAAUCUGCAGGAUUAAAGUCAGGGCUCAAAAGCAGUAACCUGAGCAGAAACUCAGAAGCUGCAUUUGACAGACGGAGCCGAUCAACGGCCUUUAACGUGGAUUAUUCUCAGGGAGAAGACGAUUUGAACAGCAUUACUGAUCGGUUAACACAAAGUAUUCAUCAAGGUUAUGCUUCAAGUAGGCGACCUGAGUCAUCCUACUACGCAAGAAGUCGGAUUUCUCGAGAACCCAAAAACGCUAAUGAUGAUUACGAUGAACAGACGUCUGGAUACGGCUACGACGAUUCGGAAGACUCCGACGAAACGAUUGUUGUUCGACCGGUCAAACCGCGUUCCCUUACCUUCUACACACCAUUUCUUAAGGUGCCCCGAAAUAGAGAACCAUACUAUUAA